GCCGACGACGCGCGAGCAUAGACGGUCGCCACGCCCGCGCACUUGAGCCAGCUAGUCAUGCGCCUGAGGCUGGUGCUGCUCUCACGGGACGAGCAGCUGACCCAGCGCCGCGCGGACGCGGGCGAGCCGCUCGAGCUCGACGGAGCCGAGGCGGUCGGCACGCUGCGCCGUGCCGCCGCCGAGGCGCUCGCGCUGGAGGAGGCGGACGUGCGGCUGGUGGACUACUUCCAGGAGCGGCGGCACGGCGCAUUGAGCGAUAUGAGCGCCACGCUGGAUGGCGCGCGGCUCUGCGAUGGCCAACACGUGCUCGUGGAGCACAUGCACAGCGGAGAGUGGCCAGAGGCGGAGCAGGCCGAGGAGAUUGACGACCUGUUCGGAGGCGCCGGAGCCGGGUGGGGCGCGAUCGAGACCGCGGCGGGCAGCAGCAGCCCCGCCGGCAGCGCCGCCGCCGCCGAGGAGGGCGGUCCGCUCGACGGGAGCGGAGGCGUGCCGGAGCACAGCGGCAAGGUCGGCCUCUCCAACCUGGGCAACACGUGCUUCAUGGCGUCGAUGCUGCAGUCGCUCGCCGCUGUCGCGCCGCUGAGAGAGUACUUCACCUCCGGCGCCUACGAGCGCGAGCUCAAUGCCGAGAACCGCGACGGCACGCAGGGCCAGCUGGCACGCUCCUACGCGGCGCUGAUGCGGCAGAUGUGGUUCGGCCCGUCGAGCGUCGUCUCUCCACGCGAGUUCAAGCUGGUGCUCGGCCGGCACGCGCCGCAGUUCCUCGGCUAUUCGCAGCACGACUCGCACGAGCUGUGCAACUUUGUGGUCGACGCGCUGCACGAAGACGUCAACCGCGUGCGCAAGAAGCCGUAUGCGAGCGGCGAGCCGGACGGGGCGAUAGCCAAGCAGGUGCUGCAGCGGCACCGCCAGAGAGAGGACUCGCGCGUGUCGGACCUGGUCCAGGGCCUCUUCAAGUCGCAGGUCAUCUGCCCCGUCUGCGAGAAGGUCUCCAUCACGAUGGACCCGUACAAGUCCAUCUCGCUCCCGCUCGGCGCCGCCGGCAUGCGCGUCGUGCACGCGACGCUGCGCCGCGCGGACGGGAGCAUGCGCAGGCUCUCGCUCGAGCUCGAGCGGAGCGGGACGAUCGAGGCGCUCCUCUCUGAGGCGGCGGACCAGGCCCGCUUGCGGCAUGCGGCCGGCUGCUGUGAAGAGACGCCCCACGAGCUGGAGCGGCUCUACAACGGCGACUUCAUCUUCCUGCGGGAGGAGCGGGCGGAGGAGGCGGGCAGCAGCGGCGGGGCGACCGACGAGUGCGGCACCGAGGACUUCGUGGUGGUCGAGCCGCCGUCGCCCGCCAGCACGCCCGAGCCGCCGCCGCAGCAGGGCGAGGCGGCGCGGCAGCCGCUGCUGCCCGUGGUGUUGGCGUACGCCGGCCUGCCGCUCCUCCUCUCGCUGCCCGCUUCCGCGAGCGGCGCCGAGCUGCACCGCGCAGUCGAGCGCGAGCUGCAGCGGUACGCGAGCGCCCCGUCCGACCAGGCGGAGGCGGCCUCUCCCGCGGAGCCUGCGUGGGAGCUGCGGCGGUCGGACGACUCGUACUACGUCACCGACUCGGCGUCGGGCGACGGGCUCGGCCGGCGCAUCGACGACGGCAGCGCGGCCGCGUUCGGCGCCGGCGCGAGCGGACCGCAGUAUGUGGUGCUGCGCUGGAGCAGCACCGCGUUUGGGUGCGGCGCGGGCGGCCAGCCGCCCUACAGCCGGAGUCUGCUCGACGCGGACAGCGCGGCCGCCACGAGUCUGCCGUGCAGCAAGCACUCGGGCGCGCCUGACAAGGUGCCGCUGCUCGACUGCUUUGACCUGUUUGGGAAGGAGGAGGUGCUCGACGAGGCGAACGCGUGGUACUGCCCGCGCUGCAGAGAGCACCGGCAGGCGCGGCAAAAGCUGCAGGUGUGGUCGCUGCCGCCCGUGCUCAUCAUCCAGCUGAAGCGCUUCACGGCCGACGCGACGGGCCGCUGGCGGCGCAAGCUCGAUUCGAUGAUCGACUUCCCGGUGCGGGGGCUCGACUUGUCGCGCCACUGCCUGAGCGGCGACGACGCGGCGCUGUACGACCUCCGUGCGGUUUGCAACCACUACGGCGGGCUCUCGUCGGGCCACUACACGGCCUUUGCAAGGCACUCGGAGAGCGGCGCUUGGCACGAUUUCAACGACGCGCACGUGUCGACCGCCCGCGCCGACGGCAUUGUCACCUCUGGCGCGUAUGAGCGGGUGGCAUUGGUCACGGGAGAGGGGAGCUCGGGCCGGAGGGCCUGGAGUCGGGUGCUUGUCUGCAUCUGA